CCUUGCGUUCAUCAUCUUCAUGACCUCAUAUGAACCAACACAACUAAUUACCUUCGCUAAUAAGCACUUUGAAAAGUGAGGUAGAGUAAGGUCGGUCGCAGACGAGCCUUGACUGGUCGAUCGGAGCUCAGCGCCCGCUCAUCCGGCAACUGAGGAGCACUCAAAACGCACACGACCAGCUGAAUGUGAAGCCGUGCGACGACGUCACACGCUUGUGAUCAGCACUUCUCACAAUUUCGCUCUGCUAGGCAAAAUCAUGCUGAUAAGUCCGCUAUGACUGAAGUUGAAGCAGUAAGCGCCCACGGCGGCAAGGCACAGGUGGGGAACGUUCAGUACAGUGGCACAGAGCGGGAUGCCUCCACCGGGCGAGACGCUACUCGAAGUGCUAGUCAGCCUGACCUGCCAGGCGGGAUGCAGGGUCCAAUGUCUCAUCCUGAUCUCAAGGUCGAACAGGUAAAGGCCAUCUCGGAAAGAGCACCCACAAUGGUGUCAGCACCAGCCUCACCCACUGAGCCCGCAUCGACUCCCAAACUGCGAGAGUCUGAGCUGCCAUCUGAUACGGGCGCUGCUUAUGCUCUCAUAGGGCUUGGAAUACCCACCAGUGCAAGACCGAACGAAUCUCCGCCUGCGGUCAAGAGAGCUGCAACUUCUCCCGCCGUGCCUCAGAGUCGAGCAGAGCAGAACAAGAAAUUGAGUGCUGGACUAGCUGCUCAGUCUCAGCACGAGACUGGCCGAAUGGGAGAGCUCAAACGCUUCACCUUGUGGGAGACCAGAACUCGAUUCUACCUGGUCGCGUUCAAUACUUCUCAGACACGCUUUCGCAUACUCAAGAUCGAUCGGACGGCUCCCUCUUCGAAAAGUAGUGAGCGAAGCGCUGCAUCUGGCGACCCUGCGUCAGCCUCCAAAGAAGGAGGCAGCGGGCUGCCAAGCAGCUCUUCUCAACCUCAGGUGCAGCAAGAUCAGUCGCAGAACCCCGGUCUCUCUGCUCCUCCUCCUGAUCAAAGAUGGGAGCUCAACAUCACGUCUGACCGAGUCGUGUACUCGCGGCAGCAAGUGACGGAAUUGUUGGAUAUGAUCAAUGAGGGCAACCGCUCUUCUGGCGGUCUGAAGGAGGUGGGAAGGUUCUAUGGGAUUGUGGGUUUCAUACGCUUCACGAUGGGUUACCACAUGGUGCUCAUCUCGGCUCGGUCCGUGGUGGCGCUCAUUGGGGGUCAUUACGUCUAUCAUGUAGACGACUAUAAGAUGAUUUCCGUCUGCCAUGCAAGUGUUCUUGCUAAUCUGCCUGGGAGGUCCAAGGCGAAGGAAGCGGAAGAAGCCCGCCUGAUCCACACUUUCAAGCAAGUCGACCUCACCAAGAACUUUUACUUUUCGUACACCUACGAUCUGACGAAGACUUUGCAGGAUAACUUGACGGGGAUCAGAGACGUCAAGGCGGAGCUGGGCGAACGCGGACUCCCUUUGACGACUGCGUGGGGUCACAAUGAAAAGUUCGUCUGGAAUCAUCAUUUGCUUUUGCCCGCUUUUGGAAGGUCCAUUCACCUCCCAUCUCGCAGUGCGGGACCGAGUGCGCAAAUACCGCGCGCCGAGGAGGAUGCUGAUGCGGCAGCGGCCGAAUGGGUCUUGCCGUUGGUGUAUGGCUUUGUCGAACAGGCCAAGUUGGGCGUCAUCAAUCGUACCAUACACAUCACACUUCUUGCCCGCAGGUCAAGGCACUUUGCUGGAGCCAGAUUCCUCAAGAGGGGUACCGACGAGCAUGGACACGUUGCAAAUGAUGUCGAGACCGAGCAAAUUGUCGCGGAAGGCCUCUCUACGCCAUUCUACGCUCCCAAAGCCUCGGAUGCCAAUCACAGCAAGGGGACAUGGGGCGCGAAUCCGAGAUUCACCUCGUACGUCAUGCAUCGAGGUAGCAUUCCCAUCUAUUGGACGCAAGAUUCGACGAACAUGUCUCCUAGACCUCCAAUCGAGAUCUCGGUCGUUGACCCAUAUUUCAGCUCUGCGGCGCUGCAUUUUGACGACAUGCUGCGCCGGUACGGGUAUCCGCUCAUCGUGCUCAACCUAAUCAAGUCCAAGGAGAAGCAGCCGCGAGAGAUGAAGCUGCUGCAAGCUUUCAGCGAAUGUGUCUCGUACCUGAACCAAUUCUUGCCAGAUGAUAAGCAGAUCAAGUACAUUGCGUGGGACAUGAGCCGCGCAAGCAAGAGCCAGGAUCAAGAUGUCAUUGGAGUGCUCGAGGACAUCGCGGAGGACACUGUUGAAAGCACAAGAUUCUUCCACUCUGGACCGGAGCCUUAUGCUUUUGAAGUUGGAGCAGGAAGAGGGCUCGACUCUGCCGGACCCAGGAGAGAAAGUCUGUUGCUGCAGCAUGGAGUAGCGAGAGUGAAUUGCGUCGACUGUCUCGAUCGCACGAAUGCAGCGCAGUUCGUCAUUGGCAAAGCGGCGCUCGGUCACCAGCUCCAUGCACUUGGCUUACUGGACCACCCAAGUCUACCUUUCGACAGCGAUGCAGUGGACAUGCUGACGGAGAUGUAUCACGACUUGGGUGACACAAUCGCCCUUCAAUAUGGAGGCAGUCACCUGGUCAACACCAUGGAGACGUAUCGAAAACUUAAUCAGUGGACUUCACACUCGCGAGAUAUGCUCGAGGGACUCAAACGAUACUAUGCCAACUCUUUUGCUGACGCGGAUAAGCAAGCUGCAAUCAACCUUUUCUUGGGCGUUGAACCUGAGCACGAGGAGACCAGCAGGGUUGCUAAGGCCGCUUCGUCGACACCUCAAUUAUUAUCUCGGCGCACUCCGAGACGAUCGUACCAGCAAUGGUACACUCCUCAGAACCUCAGACCAAGAGCGUCACUCGCACAGUACGAAAGACGGCUUGCUGAGGUGGCCACUUCGGACCUUGGCUUCUGGGCAGAGUACUAUAGACCCAGCCUUUUCACCGAUCUCCUUCGGCACUACGCAUUCAAGAUGACUGCAGUGAAUCAAAGCCUCGUAUCAGGUCCAAACAUCCCUUCGACGGCAGCGUACGUUCAGGCUUCCAGGUUUGCUCAGGGUGCGUCGGGACACGGACGAAAGAGCUCCACAAACUCGACGAGCAAUAGGAGCGUCAGCCUUGGUUCGCUCGCGGACACUCAGUCUGCUCUUCGGUCUGCUAUUCCUUUGAUGGAAAACGAUUCCUCUUUCACGUUGAUCAGCCCGUUCACUGCUCGCAUCGGUUCAGGCACCACUGUUCCUGCUUCGCCUGCGCGGACCGACCGCGCAAGUCAGCUCUCGACGUCUGGGAUAGCAGCAGAUUCGCAGCCGCGGGCCCUCAUGGGUGGGGUGAGACGAUGGAUGAGUCUGAAUAGAGGUGACCAUGCGAGCUCCAGCACCUCUCAAAAGGCCUCGAGAAUGAAAGGGCGACGAUCAGGUGCUCGAGGAGCUGGUGGCACUGUGUGGGAGCACGCCUCGACGAGCGAGUUCAAGGAAGCUCUUACGAUCUCGGAGAAAGAUGCUUGGCCAAUCUGGGGAGAUCCACAAUCUCAGGCCGUCCUUGGCGCCACACCAUCAGCUACGGCACUUCGAACCCUCGUUUCGGCUCUGAUCGCGCCCGAGGUACCGGCAGACGAGGCGAACGAGUACGCGAAUUGGCUAGAGCAGUAUCGCGAGCUUUGUGAUCUUGCUGCCAGUCCUUCGACUCGCAUCGCAGACGAAGACGCAGAAAUCUAUGUGGCCCAAGCGCAAUUGGCCAACGGCGAUACUGAAGCCGUCGCGCGCUUCUCGAGCAUCAGGACGUGCAGUGAAGCAGCAAAUGGGCACGCGCCCAACGCGCUCGGAUAUCACGCCUCCGACGAGGAGCUCUUGCAGAGCGUGGAGCCUGCUCUAGCCGCCUAUGCUACUACCGCGUCCAUGUUGAAAAGCGGAGCUCCAUCCCUUCCUGCUAGCGAGAACAAGCUCCGCGCAUACAAGCGCUGGCUUGCCGGCUUCUAGACCAGCGCUGAACCGGGCGCUCAGAAGAGUGCGCUCAUUUGUAAUCUCUGUUCGACCGCUCUUUCCGAACGUGUAUUUGUAUCCUCACAUUGUACACCACAGCUGCGCAGGCAUGCAUUGCUAGAGGAGCAGACAACCACCCGGGAUGCGAGAUGCGACAUUACAAGAGCUUCGCAGGGUUCUUGUCCUUCGGACCAGUAGGGUUGAUUUCUAGGUGUGGUGCGGGUCAGUGAGCACAUCUCUGCGGUACUUGAAUUCCUUUGACGAGAUGUUCAAACUCACUCUUGAAUCCGAAGAAGUUGGGGAAGCCGACGAAGAGUUGUUGAACGGCCCACUUGAUCUGCAAAUCGUUCGCGCGAGCAGAAUGGUGAGCUACAACGUCAAUGCAAAUUCUGAAAGCAACGCCUG